AUGAGGUCCUUUUUUUCCAAGAAAACAUCUGGAAUUGACCCAGUCAAGCUGAAGGCAAACCUCCGCAUGGCUGUGACGCGUCUGCGUAUGCAACAGAAUAAAUUGGUGAACAGUGUAAAGAUUCAGAGACGACAACUAGCGGAGCUACUCGCACUACAAAAGUACGAUGCCGCUCGUAUUAGAGUGGAACAGGUGAUCCGUGAUGAUGUGAGCAUUGAAGGUCUUGAAGUACUCGCGCUGUUUCUUGACCUUAUUGCGAACCGCAUUCAGCUUCUCACAGAGAAAGGUAGUGGCGCGGGACACUGUCCGCCAGAGUUAAAGGAGAGUAUCACAUCAGUACUGUGGGCCACUGCUCGUGUAGGAGACUCUGUACCUGAGUUACAGACUGUAAAGAAAUAUUUUGAGAAUAAGUACGGUAAAGAAUUUAUCGUGGUGAGUGUGAACAAUACGGAGUGUUCAGUAAAUCAGAAAAUUAUUGACCGUCUCGGUGUCUUUACCCCAUCCAACGCCUCUUGCUUGGAGUACCUAACUAAUGUUGCGACAGAGUAUGGGGUUGAGGGGUAUGACGUGGACAAAUUGCGAGACCCAAAUGGACUUGUCGCUUCUGCUGCCGCCGCAUCCGGUGGGGCUGUGAUAGGUGAUAAUGGGGCCGCAUGGAAAAAUGAUGCGGAGACAAAAGCAGCGGUGGCAUCCGGAAAUGUUAUCAAAACACCUUCCGGUUUACUAAUACCAGCGCUAACGACACCACGUGAUGAUUUAGAGUGGCGGUUGUUACAGUUAAAGAGAGAAUAA